UCCCAACUCCCUUAGUUCCCGAUUCCCUCGCUGCCACAGAGGGAAAGAGGAGUGAGAGCGCCCGGGCUGCUUUGCCAUGACCUCCCGGCCACCUCCAGCCCGUGUUUGCGUGUUCCCCUGCAAGCGGCAGCAGCCCCUGCCAUGUAACAUGACCUGCGCCGCCACGGCCCUGUGCCGCGCAGCCAUUGAGCUCUCCCUGCACAUGAAUCUCCUGCGUGUCUCCCCCUCGCCCCUUUGAAAACUGAUCUUUGGCUCUUAGUGUGAAAGUGAUUUGAAUUUGGCUCGGCGGCGCUCUGCGCAGGCGUCCAGCUGCUGGCAUGCUGGCUCCUUGCAAAGCAGCUGUUUUGGGUUUGAAAUUCCAACAUGGCAGAGGCUGCAGUCAGUCUUCCCUUCAAAAACUUGGAAUGAUUUCAAAUCAUAGGCACCUUCACUUAACCCGAGCCCCCAUUCAUCAGCAAACACAGCGGAUCGAUGCUACUCUAACCUAUCGCGUUCUCCUACCAAACCUGCAGGUUAAAUGAAUACCUGACGAAAGGGCCCACGUUUCAAGGCAGUGACAUUUGAUAGCUGAGAGGAAAAGUGGCUUUAAUGAAAAGCAACCUUUGGAAUUCCUGCUUGUGAAAAAUCCAAUUCAGCUUUUUGUGCUGCCAGCAAGAAAUGAUCAGUAGCACCAGUGUUUAUGGCUUGAAGAUGCAGUGGACGCCGGAGCAUGCACAGUGGCCAGAACAGCACUUUGAUAUCACUUCGACUACCCGGUCUCCUGCUCACAAGGUGGAAGCAUACCGUGGACACCUGCAGCGCACCUAUCAAUAUGCCUGGGCCAAUGAUGACAUCUCUGCUCUGACUGCCUCAAAUCUAUUGAAAAAAUAUGCAGAAAAGUAUUCUGGUAUUUUAGAAGGCCCAGCCGACCGACCCAUCCUUAGUAACUAUUCCGAAGCUCCGACAGCACUGGUGAAUGGUCGGAAGAAUGAAAAUGAACCCUGGCAGCCUUCUUUGAACUCGGAGAGUGUUUAUCCUAUGAACUGUGUCCCGGAUGUUAUUACUGCCAGCAAAGCUGGAGUAAGUGCAGCCCUCCCUCCAGCAGAUGUCUCUGCCAGUAUAGGGAGCUCACCUGGGGUGGCCAGUAACCUGACAGAACCUAAUUAUUCUAGUAGUACCUGCGGAAGUCAUACAGUACCUAGUCUUCAUUCAGGACUCCCAUCUCAGGAAUAUGCCACAGGAUACAAUGGAUCUUAUUUACAUACUAGUUACAGUAGCCAGCCAACACCUGCACUUCCCUCACCUCAUCCAUCCCCUUUGCAUAGCUCUGGCCUCUUACAGCCACCACCACCGCCACCACCAGCCCUAGUCCCAGGGUACAAUGGGACUUCUAACCUCUCCAGUUACAGCUACCCAUCUGCUAGUUAUCCUCCUCAAACUGCUGUUGGGCCUGGGUACAGCCCUGGUGGUGCCCCACCUCCCUCAGCAUACCUGCCUUCAGGAAUUCCUGCUCCUACUCCUCUCCCCCCUACCACUGUACCUGGCUACACCUACCAGAGUCACGGUUUGACGCCCAUUGCACCAUCAGCUCUGACAAACAGUUCCGCAAGUUCUCUCAAAAGGAAAGCUUUCUAUAUGGCAGGGCAAGGAGACAUGGACUCCAGUUAUGGAAAUUACAGCUAUGGCCAACAGAGAUCUACACAGAGUCCCAUGUACAGAAUGCCCGACAACAGCAUUUCAAAUGCAAACAGGGGGAAUGGCUUUGACAGAAGUGCUGAAACAUCAUCCUUAGCAUUUAAGCCAACAAAGCAGCUAAUGUCCUCUGAGCAGCAAAGGAAAUUCAGUAGCCAGUCCAGCAGGGCUCUGACACCCCCUUCCUAUAGUACUGCUAAAAAUUCAUUGGGAUCAAGAACAAGUGAAUCUUUUGGGAAGUAUACCUCCCCAGUAAUGAACGACCAUGGGGAUGAGCACAGGCAGCUCCUCCCUCACCCAAUGCAAGGCCCGGGACUUCGUGCAGCUACCUCAUCCAACCACUCUGUGGACGAGCAACUGAAGAAUGCUGACACACACCUCAUUGACCUUGUAACCAAUGAGAUUAUCAACCAAGGACCUCCUGUGGACUGGAAUGACAUUGCUGGCCUAGAUUUGGUAAAGGCUGUCAUUAAAGAGGAGGUUUUAUGGCCGGUGUUGAGGUCAGAUGCAUUCAAUGGACUGACUGCUCUACCUCGGAGCAUCCUUUUAUUUGGACCUCGGGGAACAGGCAAAACAUUAAUGGGUAGAUGUAUAGCUAGUCAGCUAGGGGCCACGUUUUUCAAAAUCGCUGGCUCUGGGCUUGUCACAAAGUGGUUAGGGGAAGGAGAAAAAAUUGUUCACGCUUCCUUCCUCGUGGCAAGGUGUCGCCAGCCCUCAGUGAUUUUUGUUAGUGACAUUGAUAUGCUUCUUUCAUCUCAAGUGAGUGAAGAACACAGUCCAGUAAGUCGGAUGAGAACCGAGUUCCUUAUGCAGCUGGACACUGUUCUAACUUCUGCUGAGGACCAAAUAGUAGUAAUUUGCUCCACAAGUAAACCAGAAGAAAUAGAUGAAUCUCUUCGAAGGUACUUCAUGAAACGACUUUUAAUCCCACUUCCUGACAGCACAGCGCGGCACCAGAUAAUAGUACAACUGCUCUCACAGCACAAUUACUGUCUCAAUGACAAGGAGGUUGCACUGCUUGUCCAGCGCACAGAAGGCUUUUCCGGAUUGGACGUGGCUCAUUUGUGUCAGGAAGCAGUGGUAGGCCCACUCCAUGCCAUGCCAGCCACAGACCUUUCAGCCAUUAUACCCAGCCAGCUGAGGCCAGUUACAUAUCAAGACUUUGAAAAUGCAUUCUGCAAGAUACAACCUAGCAUAUCUCAAAAAGAGCUUGAUACAUAUGUUGAAUGGAACAAAAUGUUUGGUUGCAGUCAGUGAUACUUCUUUAAAAAAAAAUUGAAAUGAAUGUUGGCACACACACAACCUGCUACAUAGGGUAUAGAACCCCUUUUCAGUAGUGUUAAAAUUGCAAAGGGUACUGGGAAGACUACAGUUAUUUUGCAUCUAAAGAGUUAGGGUAGACUUGAAGGAAAAGUGCAUCAAGCAAGAGCUGUUGAUCUGAAAAACCACACAUGACAGAAAGCAUAUGUUGAUGCUCAGUUCUGUUCAAGCUAGACAACACUCACCAAGGAGCAAGGUGCAAGUGGGUUGAUUUCAGAAGGACAUGAACCCUGUGUGUUGAUUCCAUUCUGCUGUUCUUGAGAUUUAGUUGCUGUCAAGUGCCUGAAGUGGUGCUUUAUUUUUUGUUUGCCUCACAAUUACAUUGGUGGCAUGUGCUAAUAUAAAGAGCUUUAACUUCAAACAUUAUUGGACUAAAGAGAUGAACGGUUGUGUUGCGACAGAGAACCAGAUUUUUGCUAUUCUAAGAGCAACAGUAUUCCUCAAUCCUGUCUGUUCUGCAGUAUUAAACUAAGAACAGGUAAAACAGGGUAAUGGUAAUCUGGACCUUAAUUUCUGCAGUUCAUUUCUUUUAAUGUUCUGUCUGCAAAAACUCAGGAAAGUGAUUGUGAUUUGUACAGUACCUCAAAGGAAUGUGUUGAAAGCACUAUGUACUGCUGAGAGUUAUAGGCUAGGCUUCAAUGUUACUUUAUAUUAAAUAUGUAUGUUUACCUCAACAAUUGGAAAAUGGCAAAGAAAUUACUUUGAAUGUAUCCAGGAAAAUACUGAAGUGUGAUAUGAAUGAAUCUUUACAAUUUUAAAGUAGAAACAGAAGGAUUUCCCAGUGUUAAGAAAUGGGUCUUUUGCCAAUUUUGGGGAUCAGACCAGAGCAGAAUAAUUCUCUUCAUGUCAGUAAACUGGAAGAGUAUUUAGUAUAUUGCUCCUUGAUAAUUAUGUGAUACAGUCUUUAAAAGGUGCACAGAUGAAAAGAGAGCCACUUAAUCAGUUUAUAUUAUCAUCUGGAACGGUUAAACAUGAGAUUUGGUUAAACUAUGACUUCAGGCAUUUUAUUUCUUGGCUCUAGUUGUAGUUUUGUGGUUAUUUCGGUAAGGCUGAAGGGAAUGGAAUCAUUGUAGGUCACUGGCAUAGCUCUAGUUACAGGACUGUUCAGAGCAAUGCAGUAGACUGUGACCAAACAAUAAAAAUAACAAAGCAAAACUGAACCCUCAAAGUACAUUUUUUCCCCUCGCAAACUGUAAAGUUUAGUUUUUAUUGUAUACAUAUGGCUCCAUUGUCCUUACUGCAAUCUUCAUUUAGUAUCUGUUAGAAAUCUUCCAGGAUGGAUUGUGCCCACCAUUAUUUCUACCUCAGUUUUGUUACAUUUCUCUUGGAAAGCAAAGUAAGAAAUAGAGCAAAAAAUUAAAGUCAGAUUACAUUAGGAAUGCUAACCUGCUCAACGAGUUUCAGAGAGCUGCUGUUUUCCCUCAAGUCAAGUUUCUCUCUGUAGGUUACAUGCUCUCCUUUCUCUCCUCCCCCCACUACACAUACUACAGAGUCUUCCUUCUGGAAAGACUAGCCAGCAUGUGUGGCAUUUUGCUCAAUUCUUCCCCCGCCCCACAGUGUCUUUCUUUUUAUCCUUUAAUGCUUUAUGUGCAACUCUUUUCAUGACAGCUGACUGAUGUUGGGUAAUGUCUCUGAACAGGAGCAGAGUAUGCUGCAGCUGCCCAAAGCCUCUGCCACUGCAUGAGCAGAACAGCCUUGCUUUUUAUUUUAUUAUAUUUUGGUUUACUUUAAAGAGACAGUAACAAAACUGUUGCAUAGCACUGGCAUUGAUUGUUUCUGUUAAGUAAUGUACAUUCAAAACCAUUAAAUAAAUGCACUGAAAAGCCCCAAGAAGAGAGCUACCAAUCUGUUACCAGAUCAUGUUUGUCUUCUUUAAAAAAAAAAAAAAAAUUAUACAGAUCUCAAUGUGAAAUCACUUGAAACAUUUCACGUUUAGAAAGCUAAUGAGGGAUUUCAUGAUAUUGCUGGGAAUUUGACUCUUGAUUACUGCUUUCCUUUACCUUUCUUUUAAAAUAUAGAUAGAUAAACCAGAGCAAAUAAACCAAAAUUUAAUUUAAGAAGAAUUCCUGGCAAACAUUUAGUCAAUCUAAAGUUUAUGUUUUAAACAUGAAAGUACCAUUUUUAAAACAGUGCCUUUCAUUAAGGAUACAGAAAGUAAGACUUAAAUACACCACCUGCUUUUUCAACAAGUGACUAACAUACACAAUCAUUCUUCUGACCCACUCUUUCUGCUUUCUCCCAAGCCCCCUCUUCUGCCAUUUUACCUUCCUUAGUGUUGGUAAAUUCUGAGAUCCCCAUUAACUGUAGGUUCAUAUUGAUCUCACUGACAAGUUUUACUAUUGCAGGUUGCUGACUCAUUUUCUGUCUUAGACAAUAUAUUUCAUGUCUGCCGUCAAGCUGUGCUCACCUGAAAGUAGGGUGACGAGGUGUCCCAAUUUUAUAGGGACAGUCCCGAUAUUUGGUGCUUUUUCUUAUAUAGGCUCCUAUUACACACCACCACUACCCUCUGUCCCGAUUUUUCACACUUGCUAUCUGGUCAGCCUAUCUGAAAGGUUCAGGCAACUUUUGACAAACCAACUCUUGUUUAAACCACUUCUGAUAAAUCCAUAAUAUUAACAGUUUUUUGUGACUAGUAAAAGUAAUGCCAAAUUCUGGACUGCACGAGUGUAUUUUUCCCCACCUUUUACCUAGAACACAAUUAAAUGAAAUUAUAGAUACUCAUUUUGGCUUCCAGCUUUACAUCAUUAUCUAUAAAAAUACACUCUGAGAAACUGACUGCUGAAUUGUAUCUUAAUGAACAUGACAGGCAGGCAGAAAAGCCAAUGGGAAGAUGCGAGUACCACAAGCUCAGAUUCCAGGGGCUUGAUUCAACCCUGCAGGCACGGAAGGCUGGAAAUUUCACCCCACCGUCUAGCAGCUGCACCUGGGGCUAGGAGGUGAGUGGAUUCACCCUUCUCCCAAGGAAGGGUAGUUUUUCUUGCACCUCUGCCCUUCCUUUGAGGUCUUGUUAGAGAGGGCAACCAUAAAGUAUGGUCAGAGCUCUGCCAGGGGAAGUUCCUUGGAAAAUACACUCAGCCAGCCCUUCUCCAGUGUGUUCAGGCUACAUCUUCUCCCUUGACAGAAUUUAGGGCUGAGCUGGCAACUUCCAGGCCCCUCUGGUUAAAUAGGGUUGUGCACGCCUUGUGUGGCUCUGAUCUCCUGAAGGCGUGCUUCCAGCCAUGAGUGUCCCAGCAGGAAUGAAGCAAUCCCCAGGACUUGAGCUCUCAAACUUGGAUAUGUCAGAAAGGUUAAGAUCACUUUUGGGCGGGGGGGACAACCAACUUCCUCAGGCUGCAAUAUUUGCUGGUUUUUGAAAGAGCUUUGCAGGAAGCUGUUUGCUGUCUGUUGCAAUUGGUCAUAGCUGUGGGUGGGUCAUGCUGCAGCUACAGAAGUGCAUAAGAGAAAAUAGCAGCCAGACGUACAAUUUCAAGUACUGGGGUUUUCUUGGAUUUUAGGGAAUUUGGGGUAAGAUCAUUAAUGAAUUACAGCCAUAUCAGCCUAUCAGCAUAGAAGCCCAUCAGGUCUGCUUGUAGUUUUGAUAACUGAGAAGACCAUUUUACAUCCGCUUAUGCACUUUUCUACCGCUGCAGUAACAAUUCUAAUAGCAGCAACAACAAAAUAAAGUGGAGGAAUAUUUUUGCAAGCUGAAGGAUCAAUAUCAAUUCAAGGGUUUUUUUAUAAUGACCUUAUGUGAGAGACAAAUGGAAAUACUCUACACUUCUGGCAUGCCUCUCUCCAAAAUAUUUAGAACAUUAGUGAUGAUAUUGAAAAGUUUGCUGACUGAGCUGAUCAAUGGAAUGUGAAGGCAGUUUACUUUAAGGCUAUUUACUUUCACACAGAAUAUUUAUCUAUUAGUCAGUUUGUAUUCCACUCAACGGCAGAUAGAGGGGGCAACAUGUUUUCUUGUGUGUUUCAAACCCAUGAUGGAGAAAAUAAACCAUUCCACUAAACUACGUAGGCAUCUGGGAAAGCGAUGCCAGCUGCCCAGAAGCUAGGCUCUGUAAAAUAGUACAAGGUCAUUUUACAUGGGCUUGCAUAGUACGUUGCUAUUCAGUUUUCAGAAGAAAAUAAUGUUGUGUAAAACUCCAAAUCAUUCCAAUCGUUGUUUUGUAAACUUCAGUAUAUUUACAUUCAAAAGCAAACUUUGGAAUCCAUACAGGGUUUCCACUAUCUGAAAGUACAUACAGCUUUAGGUAUAAGCCCAUGUGUUUCUACUGUCUGAAAAUACAUACAGCUUUAGGUAUAAGCCCAUGUGUUUCCUCUUAACCAGUGUAUCAUCAGCUAGAGUAUAUUGUAUAAAAUUGAAGGAUACAUGUCAUCGUAAAAUGAGGCCACUGAAAUAAACUUCUAAAAUUCUCCUUUCACUUACACCAGUGUGAAAUGGGUAUAACCCCAAUGACUUCACUGGAGUUUCACCCAGGAGAGAAGAGUUAACUCCAAAAUGUAUAAGCUAUGUCCGUUGGUUUUUCAUCAUCAGAUCUGCAAGCUAACAUAUAUGCUAUUUACAGCACUAACUCCCUUUCAUCUUGUAUGGGUGCCUAUGUGUAUAUAAUAUUUAUAUGUACAUACACACCAAGUCCAAGUAAUAUUUUUGUCUCUUUCCUUUGAGAAGUAAACACUUUCUUUUUGUUUAAUUGCCUGCAGAAUUAUGUGAAGCACAUUCAUAGCCAUGGCGGUAUUAGUAUUUCAAAAUUCAAAAAACAAAACAAAACAAAAAACCCAGCUGUACUGGUGACUAACCAAUACAUGAACUGAAGCUCAUACUCUGCAAAGACCUUUGGUUGACAUUCGAUUUUGAACCUGCCAGAUGCAUUUUUGUGAACCAGGGAUACUGCAUCUUUAAUGAACAAGUCUCUACUCUUUCCCCUGUUUUUAAAUACAACACAAGCAGUGUAGCACUAGGCACUGCAAUUGUCAAAGACAAUUAGACUGAAAGCAGGAAAAUUUCACCUCCCUGUCUCAGUGAUAUGUAGAAUGUCGGCAGUGUGGGUCAGCCUUGCCACAGAGUUGUGUGAGAAUAUGUGAAUCAGUCCUAUAGAAUGUUAAAUAUUUAUAAAAUGCUUCUGUACUACACCAAGGUUGGGAGCAAAUUCAUUCCUUCUUGUUGUCUUAUAAUAGAAAAAAAGAAGCAAAAGAUUAUUUCCAAACCUAAACUUCGUGGAGUUUUUUUUUCUAUUUUCUGUUUUGUUGUUGUUUGUACUUGUGAUUUAUAUACAGUCGCUAGAAACUUUUCAUUUGCUUUUUAAAAAAUAUUUUUUUCAUCAGAUGUGUAUUCAGACCUUUGUUCUUUAAAACCAUUGCUACCUCAUUGCUACAUAUUGUACAUGUAGUAUUUAUUUGUUGUCUUUUUUUGAAUGUCAUGCAUUUCGUAAGAAAAAGACUUGUCCUUGAACCUGAACAGUCUACCUCAGAAAGACUGUCUUUACACUGAACAGUAUUAACAUCCUAAACGAUAAGACGUAUUAGCGAAGUGUGGCAGGGUAGAUAAUGCACAAGUACUUGGGAUACUGAUGGACUUUUAAUUGUACUUAUAACACAAGACUGCUUAAAGGAACUUAAAGGAAAUUAUGCACUGUGUAGGUCUUCAUCAAGGUCCCAUUUUUGGCAUGCUACAAGAAACUGCAGCUUUAUUUGGCUGUACCCUUCUACGAGAAAUUUUAGUUGUUUCAAGCAUUCUUUUGCAUUGGCAAUCUGGCUACUUUUUUUUUUAUAUAUAAUAACCUAUUCUAUUGACUGAGGUACAGUACUCGGCUCUUAAAUUUUAAAACAAAUUAUAGUACUUACAAUUAUUUUUAUCUGCAGUCUUCAGUGAUGUAAAGUGUCUCACACUGUAAUUCUGUGACUCCCUGUAUAAUUAAUGAAAACAAACUGUAGUUGUAAGAGUCUGUGCAAGGUUUUAACAUAAACCAAAAAAACAAAAAAGGCACUUCCCAAAGGAUUUAACACAUAUGGAGUCAAGGUGCUCACAAGUUCUGUAAUCAAAAGUAUUUAUAUUGCUGAUUCUGCUUUAUAAACAUGUAUUUUCUUUUUGAAAUAUUGUACAACUAAUGGCACAUUGGAUUACUUUGUAUGAAGUAUUUUAUAUUUUAAUAUUUAUUUUUGCAUCAGUCCUCUCUCUCUUGCGCUAUUUUUUUUUCCCACCAGCUCUACAUUACUGUAGGAAAAGAACACAUUAAAAAAAAUGCCGAAAAGAGUCCACCAUCCAAUCGAUGAAUGGACUUUUGAAGUUGCUUGUCAGCAAAUUGUGGAUAUUUUACAAAAGCAAAUGAACUGUGACAAUCCACAACUCCCACAGAUGUGAAUUCAGAAAUGCAUCUGAAAAUCCUGGUAUGCCUGACAAUCUGUUCUUUAAGUUCCAUUAACAAAGUGGCAUCCAAUCCUUUCACUUGCAGUUCCUUGCAGGAGUGUAUUGUCUAGAGGCUGUCUAGUAGUGAUUAAGAGGUGGGGAUUUUCUUUUUGUUUGUUUACUGUAGUAGGUGAGGGACACCAUAUUUCUUGUCAGCUAAUAAUGCCUGUCUGAGACAAAAAUUAAAAAAAAAAACCCCACAAGUAAUUAAAAUUUCUGUGCACUUUUCUUUCCUGGCCAUAUUGAUUUUAUUUGCUUAAAUUGAAACAAUACAUUGGGUUUGACCAGAUUUUGACCCUUCACAAGAAGAAAGGACCUAUGUAGUACAUGUUUCUUUGGGUUAUUCUGGUACUGUUUGCUUAUUUGUUCUGCAAAGUCAAAAUCAUUUUUGUUGUGCAUUAUUUUGCAUCUGCCGAAACUAAAUGUGUUGUUAUUGCACUCAUUAAAAAUGAAACAAUCCAUUUCUCUUGGAAAAAAUGACAAGCUUUAGAUGAUGAAAGCUUAAAUUAUCCAUCACUUGCAAAAUGAAUUCAUAUAAUUUGCGAACAUUAUUAAUGUAAAUGAGACAUUUCUGCUUAGAUUUUUUUUUAUUUUGAUGGGAUCAUUAUAUGGUUGAUCAUAUGUGUAUAGGAAGCUGCUGUACAAUUAACUUGGAGAUCUGAAAAUGCUUUUUUGUCUUCAUUGUUACAGUUUCAAUUGUAAUCCAUUGCAUCUCAUUUUCUUGGGUGUUGGCACUGUAAUAUAAAAAAAAAAUAAAAAAAUCAGUGCUCAGUAUUGUAACUAACUGUCCCUACUGAAUAUUCCUUUUCAUAAAUACUUGCUACCACAGGGAAAUUAAGUUUUCAUAUAGAAUAAAUAGUUUCAGUAGUAACCAUUAAAGAAUUAAAAAUAAAAGUUGUGGUUCAAGGCAGAUAUUUUUAUGAAAAGUUUUCUCUAUUGUAAAAUUUGUUGUAUAUGGCUAUGCUACUAUCAUGGAAUAAGAAAAGAACAAGCAUACCUCAAAUAAAAAAACU